AUGACUUUGUAUGUCGGCGGUUACCCAGGACCCUACGCGAUCAAUAUCAUCGAGGAACCAGAGAUACGCAGUUUCGUCCAAUCAGUGGAGCUCCGGGACUUUUACAACGGCGAUAAUGGGCGGAAAAUCACACGCCAAGUACUACGACUAUUGAAUGCUGUCCGCACACUUACCAUCGGUAUUGGGUUCAGAUUGUUUGACACUGGUGUUUUCCGCCUGGUGCGACAAAUGCCGUUGACUGAAGUGAAACUAUUGAGCGUUCCGCGAGUGGAGACAGUCUUCGAGUUCUAUGAUAUCCCGACAUUGACGCGGUUAAAUGUGGAAAAACGGCUCAAUCCGGACGAUCGAAGUUUUCCUCCGGCAAGAGACCUAGAACACGUCUUACCACCAAGCAGAGAAAGAACCUCGACGAUCACAUACCUCCGAAUUUGGUGGCCCGAUGCUCCUCUCUACAUUACUGAAAAGCUCUUAUUGUGGCCAGCCAAUCUUGAAACCGUCAGACUACAUUGGUUGCCCAAAGACUCUCAAAACUCGGAAUACAAUUUCCAGACCUUAUGGGAGAAACUUUUAUUGCACGCAGCAACUCUCAAAGUCCUUGAGAUAGGGGCGCUACCAUUGAGAAAAAAUGACAUCCCGAACUUCUCGGGCUUCAGCAACCUUGAGAAGAUAACUAUGUACACAGGCGAUCUCAUGUGCCUAGACCCAAAAACAGCCGUCCGCAUGCUAGCGGCACCGCAGCUUGAACACCUUGUUUUGAACUGUCUAAAGGACUUCGCGUGGGCUGACCAUUUGUCUAACAACCUCGUUCCUCUCACCGUCAUCAAAGGCGCUGGCCACGAGUACAUUCCCCUUCCUCAGGGUGAAAAUGCGACGACGGCCGAUUUCCACUCCAUUCGCACCAAGACCGAAUCUCCUGCCUACUUUACUUCGGGGUUCUACAAGAUUGAGGCAGGACCUCAGCGACCGGCGCACUAUACUUUCGAGGAGACCAAGUAUGUCCUGAAUGGUCAGAUCGAUAUUCUGGACGAGGCUACCGGGAUCACCCACCAUCUAGUUCCGGGUGACUUCGCUUUCUUCCACGUCGGAUCUAAGGUCAAAGUUUGUCUCGACCGAUUCUCGACUAAGUCGUCCGGUUUUGCCUUCUACGCCGUCACUCGACCGGUUCGAGCUCCUCACCCCAACCUUGAGGGGCGGGAGGAGAAGCAGGCCAAGUUGUAA